CCUUCUUUUUCUCUUCUUCUCACAUUUUCCACAUCACACACAUCAUUCUCUUCUUCUCCUCUUCCUCCUUUCCACAACCAAAUCUUCACCCCCUUCCAAUGGCCGAUCAACUCACCGACGAACAGAUCUCUGAGUUCAAGGAAGCUUUCAGUCUAUUCGACAAGGAUGGCGAUGGUUGCAUUACUACCAAGGAGCUCGGGACUGUUAUGCGGUCACUUGGCCAGAACCCAACUGAGGCGGAGUUGCAGGACAUGAUAAACGAGGUUGAUGCUGAUGGAAACGGUACCAUUGAUUUCCCUGAAUUCCUCAACCUGAUGGCCCGCAAGAUGAAGGAUACUGAUUCUGAGGAAGAGCUUAAGGAAGCUUUCCGUGUGUUCGACAAGGAUCAGAAUGGUUUCAUCUCUGCAGCUGAGCUCCGUCAUGUCAUGACAAAUCUCGGCGAGAAGCUGACUGAUGAAGAGGUUGACGAGAUGAUCCGCGAAGCUGAUGUUGAUGGUGAUGGUCAGAUCAACUAUGAGGAGUUUGUCAAAGUCAUGAUGGCUAAGUGAAAGAAUCAGUCAAAACCAUAACCAAAAUUUGAAAAAGCAUAUGAACAGAAAAGGGACAAAGCUAAUGAGUUUUGAUGAGGAUUAUUAUUACUAUUCUAUUUUUCAUUAGGACAUGUUUUGUUUGGGUUAUUAGUUUUUUGUUGGGUGGUUUGUUUGCUUAAAUUAUUGCUACUUGUCAUUAUUAGUAUUCUACUUGUUUGGUUUGUCCCUUUGUUUAAGUAGUUUGAAUUAGUUGUGUUUUUA